CAGAUCUAGGUACUAGUAGUCGGCGUUGACGUGGUUCCUACCUUUCAGUGCUGGUUUAGAGCGGGUUUCCUCUCUUCGGUGAUAGCUAACUGAACGUCCGUGCCUACAUUAGAUUGUGUGAUUGCUUGAACAUGGCGGAAAGAUUUUCCAUCAAUAUGAUUAUACCGGAGACACAAGAUUGGACGUGUAAGGUUCAACUGGUUGACAAAUGUCGGCCAGGGAACAACAAAUACAGAAACAAAAAGUACCAACUCUUGAUACUUCAAGAUGAAGAGGAAAAUCAAGUUCAGGCGAUUAUAUUUGGUACUGAUAUAAUGCAUUUUGAAGAUGUGUUUACACCUUUUAACACAUAUUUGGUGUUUGUUGCACAAGUAAAGAAACCAGCUUCUGGAUAUGAAAGUUCGCUUAAUGAUUAUAUUUGGACAAUUGAUAGAAGCACCAUGUUGCGCCCAUUGAAAAUGUUACUCCUUCUGAAGAUCUGUUACCACGACCAACGUGGUUAGCUCUUACUACAUUUGACAUUUUUUAGUAUCAAC